AUGGAAGAAGGUCAUCCCCAGAGCAACCACACCACUGUGAAGGAGUUUGUAUUUUUGGAACUCACUAGCUUCUGGGAGCUGGAGUUUUUCUUGUUUGUGGUCUUACUCUUUGUAUAUGUAACAACCGUGUUGGGCAAUGUCCUCAUUGUGGUCACUGUGACCUGUGAGUGCCACCUCAACACUCCCAUGUACUUUCUUCUAUGGAACAAAUCAGUACUGGACAUUGUUUUCUCAUCCAUCACAGUUCCCAUGUUCUUGGUAGAUCUUUUGUCAGAGAGAAAAACCAUCUCCUAUAAUGGCUGCAUGGCACAGAUCUUUUUCUUCCACUUUGCUGGUGGAGCAGAUAUUUUUUUCCUCUCUGUGAUGGCCUAUGAUAGAUACCUUGCAAUUGCCAAACCCCUCCACUAUGUGACCAUUAUGAGGAGAGAGGUAUGGAUGGCCUUCGUGGUGGCUUCUUGGGUAGGGGGUGGUUUGCAUUCAAUUGUCCAGAUAAUUCUUAUGCUUCCACUCCCCUUUUGUGGCCCCAACUUCCUGGAUGCCUUCUACUGUGAUGUGCCCCAGGUGGUAAAACUGGCCUGCACAGACACUUUUGCUCUGGAUCUUCUCAUGAUCUCUAACAAUGGGCUAGUGACCUUGCUGUGGUUCCUCCUACUCCUGGGGUCCUACACCGUUAUUCUGGUGAUGCUGAGAUCCCAAUCUAGAGAGGAGCAGAACAAGGCCCUCUCCACCUGCACCUCCCACUUCCUGGUGGUGACUCUCCACUUUGUCCCUGGUGUCUACAUAUACUGCCGGCCCUUCGCCACACUGCCCAUGGACACAAUUGUAUCCAUCAAUAACAUGGUCAUCACCCCCAUGCUGAACUCCAUGCUCUACACACUGAGGAACCAGGAGAUGAAGUCAGCCAUGAGGAGACUGCAGAGUGGGCUUGGGCCUUCUGAGAGCAAUGAACUGGGGUGA